CCUCUGGGCGUGCCGAUGUCGUCGGGAAGUCAAUUCAGUGGCGAGGCAUUUUAAUUCAAUUGGUCAUUGUGCCGGCCUUAACCGCCACAUUCCGCACGCCCUUCUCACUCUGUGACCUUGACACCUUGAUAACCGUGUUGAUUAGUAGUUGAGAAGCCGUGUGACUCCCGUCGAUAAGCUGACUGACAGCGAACGCUGAGAUACCCCCCACACGACCAACCAACAGGAGUUGGAGAGUGACAAGAGCUACGAAUUCAUUCUCACGCCACCACUUCCAACCUACCAUCUCAAACCCGCGGAAGGUUUGAAACCCAACCACCAUGACCAAGACCAGAACCAUCACGGUCGGCGUGCUCGCCCUCCAAGGCGGCGUGGUAGAGCACCUCAACCUCCUCCGCAGAGCCACCGCCCACGUCCAAUCCCCCGACAGCCUCCGCUUCACCUUUGCCGAAGUCCGCACAGCACCCCAGCUCGCCCAAUGCGACGCCCUCAUCAUACCCGGCGGCGAGUCAACCACCAUGGCCAUCGUCGCCCGCCGGCUGGGCCUGCUCGACCCGCUGCGGGAGUUUGUCAAAGUGCAACACAAGGCGGUCUGGGGGACCUGCGCCGGGCUGGUCAUGCUCGCCGAGGAAGCGGUCGCUACCAAGCAGGGCGGGCAGGAACAGAUUGGGGGGUUGGAUGUCAGGGUGUUGAGGAACAGGUAUGGCACGCAGAUGCAGAGUUUUGUGGCCAACCUGGAUUUGGCCUUUUUGGGGGAGGGAGAGGAGCCGUUCAGGGCCGUGUUCAUUCGGGCGCCAGUUGUGGAGGAGGUUAUCUCUGAUGGGGGGUCUGGUUCCCAGAAACAGGCCGGCAAGGUUGAGGUGUUGGGUGUUUGUCAGGUGCCGGGACAGCAGACUGAGGGGGAAGGGAAGGGGGAUAUCGUGGCGGUGAGGCAGGGGAAUGUGUUUGGGACGAGCUUCCACCCGGAGCUGACGGAUGAUGUGAGGAUACAUGUGUGGUGGCUGGGGCAGGUGGCGGAUGCGCUCAGGCAUGGGAGACUGGCCGUUGACGGAGUUUGAGGGGCCAGUAGGUGCUUGGAGUUGGGAACGGAUAGAUUAGAAUCAUAGACGCUGCUUGCCGGGGGCUUGAUUUGGCUUCAUGUGGGGAUGGGUACGGCAGCUCCCACAGCGAGACGAAGUAAUGAUUUGAUGCGAAAUCCCUGGCGUUAAGAUCAUAACCGACGUACACACAAUAUAUAUGAAAAAAGAGACUGCGGGCCGAAACCGUCGCCCGAAACACGGCACAGAACUCGUCCACCUUUCAGAGCUUCGCGCCUCCGCCAUCCUCGUCAUCAUCUUCCUCGUUAUCCUCAACAUGCGUCGGAGCCUCAGGGGUCGUCUCCCGCGACCCGUCACUCCAAGCCCUCAUCGAAGACGUAUCGUUGAUCUGGCCCAUCGUAGACGCUUGAUCAAUCCCCCUCGCCCUUGCCAGCAUAUCCAACCCUCCUCCGCUCCUUACCGAACCCCUAUCCACACCCAUCCCCCCUCCGCUCCUCGCCGA